GUUUUUUCUCUCACACAACAGACGGGCAGAUCUGAAGAGAGCCAGAGCAGAAUAACUCAACAAAACUGAGAGCAGAGCAGCAAGGUUGGUUUUGCUGUCGGUUUGUUUCUGUUUAAUCCUUAAAUCUUCAGUAAUCAGGAUGAGAGGGAGAGAGAGCACGUUGCCUGACUUAAGGACAACAUAAUCUAUGUUGGGGCCUGACUGAUGAGGCAACCUGAGUGGCCAGUAAAAAAAAAAAAAGAAAAAAGAACAUGAAGGGAAGGAAGGGAGGGAAGUUCCAGAGCUGGAAUCAGUUUGAGGAACUUAACCUGAACCUGUUCCGACUUUGUACAAACAAGAAGAGCAGAGGACAACCUGAGAGGAUGGGUUUGACAGCUGAGAGCAAAUCCAAAACAGAAGAGGACUGAGCCAUGCCUGGAGUUCAUAGGAUGUGUUGCUGUGCAGCAGUCCUGACACCCCCUGUGUGUGACCCCUGACUGGAAGGGUCCCGAUGGCGACCGCGAACGAYGACCCAGACCUGGGCGCUGGCCCGUCCGAGGACUCGGACGUUCUCCUGGAUGAUUCGGACAGCGAGAGUUUACUCUCUGAUGACUCUGUCUACCCCGUGUACGAAAGUCCCACAAAGUUCACGAGUCCAGCCAAGACUCUGUAUGAGGCCUGCGGGAGGAACGACCCUGAAACCCUGAGCAGCAUCAUGGAGAGAGGGGUCUGUAAAGAAGAGGCCAUGGAGCUGGACAUCAAUGGAAGGAAUGGGCUGAUGGUGGCAGUGACCAAAGGAUUUGUAGACAUCGUCACCCUCCUGCACAAAUGUCUGUUAAUAGACAUCAACCACCAGGACAAUGAUGGAAACACUGCACUCAUGAUCGCUGCACAGGCUGGCUUCGUCACGAUUCUUAACUACAUCCUUAACUAUUACCACGGUGUGGACACAGAGGUCAGAGACCCCCGCGGCUUCACGGCCCUCAUCAAAGCAGGCCUGCAGGGCCGAGAGGAGUGUGUGUCCGCCCUGCUGAUGCACGGUGCAGAUAUACAUGCAGUGGACCUGGUCCAAGGCAGGGGUCUUAAAGACUGGGUCCUUAGGACUGGAAGGUUUGAGACCCUGUCCAGAAUCCGGCGUCUGCAGAGUCGUUCUGUUGCCAAGCAGUUCUGUGAAAGCUACGAACCGGAGUGGCCUGAGCUGAAGCAGCUGGUGGAGAAGGCCUCUGCUCCCAAAUCAGCCAGUCAAAAACUGAGGCAGCGCUUAAAAGAAAGUCUCACUUUCAGAUUCCCACACGACCCUCAAGACAACGGUGUUAUGGACCAUGUGGUUCAGAUCACUACAAGCAUCCACAGUCCACUGGUUGCUACUGGCUGCCGCCCACUGUGUCCCACCAGUCCCCCAGAGAUUGGCAAGAGGCGGUUUGCCGUCCCCGAACUGCUCGAGAAGCACAGCAGCAAGGAGCUGGAGGAGAAGUCGGUGUCCCACAGCAACGGGUCCAUCACCUCGGCGUCUCCCACCGCUGUGUCGGCCACCUCUGUGUCCCUGGCCUCGUGCUGCCAGGAUCCAGGGCGCAGGGAGAGUCUGCCGUCGGGUGGCGUGAGGAGCUUCAUCCCUCGCAGCAUGGCGCACAGAAACAGCAUAUUCCCCUCGGGCUGCAUUCCCAAGAUUGAGGUGACAAGAUCUGGGGAUCCGACGCCAAAGAAGGAGAAAAAGAAGAAAAGUCAAAAGGGCUACUUGGAGCCGCCUGUUUGGAAGUACAAGCAGGCCAAAGAAGAGAAAAAGAAAGAAAAGAAAAAGCAGGCGGCGCAAAAAGACCAGGAGAAAAAACCUAAAGGGUCCAAAAAAUCGUCCAGCAAAACCUGAGUGGGUUGGCCUUUUGCCGUGGAAAACUUCACCGUGAUAAGACCACCCGUACAAGCUUUAUCUCUGCAGCCAGAUGGAACAGGAGAUAAAACCAUUGCAGAACAAAUGUUGGGAGCGAGCAAUGAACAAAACGAUAGAUGGAUUUGAACUUUUGCUCAGGAUAAAGUGAUAUCACUGAAAUAUUCUGAUGUUUUGGUGAGAUUUAACAUCUUAAAUUUCUGUGGUCUGAAUAUUGUUUGGGUUUAAAAAGAUUUAACACAGAUUUUUCUCUAAGCCAUAACGAGUCAGCCCACAGGCUUUUGCAGUGAUGUUAUAUUUUUAAAAAACAUUUUUGUGAAGCUCUUAUAACCCAUGUUCUGCAAACGUUUAAGGUAGCUUCAUGGUAUUUCACUUCAAAAUGACCAAAUAGCCAUUAGCCUAUACUGUUUAUAUAAUAAAUGUGCUGAAUGGCCUUCAGAAAAUGAA